AGCCAAAUUGUUAGGCUCACGUACUGACGUACAGGAAAGCCACUUAGCCAGCACCACGCACCACCAUAUUACCAGAGGAGCAUAGGGUAGAGAGAGAGACAGAGAGAGAAACGCGGUUAUAUAUACAUGUAUAAAUGUACUGCAUACAGAUAGAGGUAGACAAGACAGUGGAGGAGAGAAAUCCUUGUGUUAUCUUUUUUUUUUUAAUCAGAGUCCUUCCAUGUGUUAUCUCUUCCUCUUCUUUAUUUCCAAUUUUGGGUACUUACCUUUUUCUUUCUUUUUAUAAUCCAUAGACUGGGUGUGGGUGGAUACUUGCAUUAUCAGUAUCUGGUUCUUCAAUGGCUGCUUCCUGGGUUUUAUCCGAAUGUGGCAUAAGACCCCUCCCUAGAAUUUACCCUCAACCCAGUACUGGCUUUGCAUCAAAGAACACCAAUUUUUUCAAGCUCAGACCAUUACCAGUCUCAAAAAGCCAGAAUCUUGGUUCUUUCAAGGUCUCAAAUUGGUAUAAAAAGAGGAACUGGGCAUUAAAUGUUGCAGCUCCUGUAAAUGUUAAAACUGUGGGCGGAGAGGAGGAUAAAGAAAGAGAGGAAAUUACUGGAGUUAAUGAGGAGGAAGGUGAAUUCUUUGACCCAGGUGCUCCGCCACCUUUUAAAUUGGCUGAUAUAAAAGCAGCCAUACCAAAACAUUGUUGGGUUAAAGAUCCAUGGAGAUCUGUGAGCUACGUUGUGAGAGAUGUGGCUUUGGUUUUUGGAUUGGCUGCUGUUGCUGCUUACUUCAACAAUUGGGUUGUUUGGCCUCUUUACUGGUUUUGUCAAGGGACCAUGUUCUGGGCUCUUUUUGUUCUUGGCCAUGAUUGUGGUCAUGGAAGCUUCUCAAAUAAUCCAAAGCUGAAUAGUGUUGUGGGUCAUCUCCUUCAUUCUACAAUCCUUGUUCCUUACCAUGGAUGGAGAAUUAGCCACAGAACCCAUCAUCAAAAGCAUGGACAUGUUGAAAAUGAUGAAUCAUGGCAUCCAUUGUCUAGGAAAAUCUUCAACAGUUUGGAUAAUGCCACAAAGACAUUGAGGUUCACUUUGCCUUUCCCCAUGCUUGCCUACCCUUUCUAUCUGUGGAGUAGAAGCCCUGGAAAAAAGGGUUCUCAUUUUCAUCCAGACAGUGAUUUGUUUGUCCCAAAUGAGAGAAAAGAGAUUCUUACCUCAACAGCCUGUUGGACAGCAAUGGCUGCAUUGCUUGUGUGCUUAAACUUUGCAAUGGGUCCUGUCCAAAUGCUUAAACUCUAUGGCAUUCCGUACUGGAUUUUUGUCAUGUGGUUGGACUUUGUAACGUAUUUGCAUCACCAUGGUCAUGAAGACAAACUUCCCUGGUAUCGUGGAAAGGAAUGGAGUUAUCUGAGAGGAGGGCUUAGUACUCUUGAUAGAGACUAUGGAUGGAUAAACAACAUCCACCAUGAUAUUGGCACUCAUGUGAUUCAUCAUCUCUUCCCUCAAAUCCCACACUACCACUUAAUUGAAGCAACUGAAGCAGCUAAGCCUGUGCUAGGGAAAUACUACAGGGAACCAAAGAAAUCUGGACCUUUUCCAUUUCACUUACUGGGAAGUCUUAUAAGAAGCAUGAAACAAGAUCACUAUGUAAAUGAUACUGGAGAUGUUGUCUACUAUCAAACAGAUCCUAAUCUUUAUGGAGGUGCGAAAAUAGAGUGAAGCUGCAAAAGAUUUUUUAGUGUGAUAAGUAAAGCCUUCCAAGCCCAGACUCUUUGUAACCAGUGAUUCUUCUGACAACAACUCGACAUUGCCUUGGAGCCACUGGGUACAUAUUGCUUUAGAGCCACUGGGGACAGCCAUUCUGCCCCACAUAUAUUGCUUUCGCGUCCUAUUUGAUAAGACAGAUGAUGUAAUACGGGCGUAAUAGGUUUCACCGCAUGAUGUAUUUGACAAAAAAUCUCAAUCAAUUUAUGGCUCUCUUUCUCUUUC